AUGUUCACCGACCUUCACGCUGGGAACGCUGUCCCCGACUUCGCCACAGGAUGGGAAGCACAAGCUUGGUCCAAAGUGUCAUUCAAUGUUCCCGAUAACUGGACCGCCGGACGUAUCUGGGCUCGUCGUAACUGCGAUAUGUCCAAGCCCGGCCCCAACAACUGCCUCACCGGAGGAUGCAACGGAGGUUUGGAAUGCGACCGUAACAGCGGCACUGGAGUACCCCCUGCAACCGUAGCGGAGUGGACACUGUCCGCUAACCCAAACGUUCCCGACAACUACGAUGUUUCUCUUGUCGAUGGUUACAACUUGCCCGCAAGGAUUUCGAACAACAAAGGCUGCCCUGUUGCUGAAUGCGCGAAGGAUCUAGGUCCUGAUUGCCCUGCCCCUCUCAAAGGGCCAUUUGACAGCACUGGAUUCCCUGUCGGGUGCAAAUCUAGCUGUCUCGCCAACCUAGACGGAAAUCCCCAGAACUCCGCUAACUGCUGCACUGGAUCUCAUAACACCCCCGAAACUUGCCCCGCCGAUGGCGUUGCUUAUUACAGUUACUUCAAAUCGAAUUGCCCGAGGUCCUACGCCUAUGCCUACGACGAGCGCAGUGGAACUGCACUUUUCACUUGUGACUCCAAGCUAAGGGCCGACUACACCUUGACUUUCUGCCCAUGA